UUGCCGCUGGUAACAAUCACGGUAAGAAGAAUAAAAAAAAUAUAUAGUAAAGUAAAAUGAGAAACAAAAUAAAACCAUAAUAAAAACUCUUAACCUUCAUCUAUAUCAUAUUUUCAGUAUAUAUUAACAAAACACCUGUCCCUUAACUAUAAUUCUCUAUGUUCCGACAUCAUUCCAAUCUUCAUUAUUCUUAUUUUUAUGUUCUUUAAGAUCACAACACAGUUAUUGUAUGUUACAAUUUGCACCACACAAACAUGGUCUGAUCUAUAUACUCAGUAUUGUGAAACACAAUAUAAACAUAUACAUUAUAAGUGAUAAAUUUGAUAUACAAUAUACAAAUUUAUUUUCCCACUCCUUUUUCCAGGUUGUGUAUGUAUAUAUAUAGAUUUCUGCUGAUUUGUAUUCCUCUUUUAGAUAUUUAGCUCUUUUUUCUGAUGGUUUUACCAUACAAAAUAAAACAAAUUAGCACUAUUACUAGGGAAAAGAAGAUGCAUGUGCAAUGUGCAAGAUUUGUUAAGGAAAAAUAAAGAUUUAGUUCAGAAAAUCCACAACUCUGCCUAUGGCGGAAAAUUAUGUCGGAAAAAGAGGCAUACAGUUGCACCUUUAUUUUAUACCUAAAGUGCCAUUAUUUAAAAUGACAAAGAUGCACAUAAUAAAAUUGUUUGGAUGGGAGGAGCAGACAGCUAAAAUGUGGUACAAAUAAAAGAAUAUAUUGACACAACAGAAAACAAAUGGCUGUAAAACAAAAGAUUCAAAACAAGCAGGCUGUUAGGGUUGGCAUCGUGAGAAAGUAGUUGGGAAGUAGUUGGGAUAAAUAUCAAAGCUUCUUCUUAAAGAUAUCUGACUGCUAUUUUGGGGUCAAGAAGGAAUUUUUUCCUAGUUUGUUGCAAAAUUGGAAGCUGUUCAGACUAGGUUUUUUGCCUUCUUUUGGAUCAACAGCAAAAACAUAUGUGAGGAAGGCUGAACAUGAUGGACGCAAGUCUCUUUUUAGCUAUGUAACUAUGUAAACUAUGUAAAUACCUAGUUUGCCAGAUGGGAAAUCUACAAAUGGCCCUAUCCCAACUGCAAUGACUCACAUAUUUCUUCAUGGUUUAUCCACUUCACCUUGUCGUAAACAUGUAUCUCCCUCUACAUCUACAGAAUCCAAGUAAGAUCAUUAUUGCACAGUGGCAUGAUGUCUCCCCUGUUCAAGGAAUUGCUGACUUCUCCUUCCAUUUGGCUGAUGAGCUCGUACUCGGAGAGUAUAAAAUUAAUAUACCUGAUCAGGCCUACAGAACAUUUUCUGUGUCAGAAUACGGUAAGUAAAAGAACAGAGAAUCAUAUAUUGAUCACUGAGUAUUGCAGUAUCAGUAGUUAAGUGCAAUAACUAUUUUUUUAAAUCACUGAUGUCUCCAAAUAUUGAAGAGAAAAAAACUUGUAAGAUGUGUCAAGGUCUUUUUACUCUGUAUAAUAUCCUUGCAUUAUCUAGCUAGCAUGGAAAAAAUGACACAAGGACCCAUACCACUGAGGUAUGGAGAUAAGUAGUGAUUGACCACAGAGCGUGGUGCAUUUGAAAGUGAAGAAAUCAGAUGUCAGAAAAUGUGUGUCUUGUGAUUGUGUGUUAGUAAUUCUCACUUGUAAACCAUCCUCAAAACUCAUGUUUUUUCAGACUUGAAGAAGUAUGAACUUAAUUUUCAUGUUCCCUAUACUGUAUCUCGAAAAGCUGAUGAAUUUACCUUUGAGGUUUGUGGAAGGUAAGGCUAAGCACAGAAUUUUUUUUUAUAUGUUAAUAAGUUUUUUUUUAAAAAUAAAUAAAAAGUCUGUUAAAAUCAACUGGUGUAAGUGUACCGGUUUAGUUUCAAUGUAACCAAAAAAAGCAUGCUAAACCUGAUGGAAAACGUCAAAAAAUUGAUAAAAAGCAAAUAUAGGGCAGACUAUCUGACUUGGUGUAAAAAGCACAAUAGGAGGUAUAGGAGAGAACUCACAUGUACCAGAGCCCUAUCACUCCCGGCUCUGGGUUUGAAAUGCUCCAUUUGAGAGGGAAGUAUCCCACACUGUAAUAUUACAUCUGCUUGCGUCUAAUUUAUGUUUCACUAUGGUACAGUGCAGCUAGACUGAGUGUUACCUUACUAUCUCUAUAGCUCUUACACAAUUUUGUUUUUAGUUUCAAUGUACCUUAUUGUGGGAUUGUUCUCUCUAAAACAAAACAAAAAAAAAACCUUAUAAAUAAUGCAAUUGCAAAAAUAAAAAUAAACGAACAUCGGAUAGGUCACUCUAACAGGAUUAUUUACCAAAAUGAAUUCACACAGAACUUUAAAUUUAAGGCCAGAGUAGCCAAACUGAGAGCGUAGCUGACACAUUAUUUUUCCAGUUUAGUUAUUUUCACCUAAAAUGGGAAAUUACGGUAACUUUGAAUUCUUUCAUUACUGAAUAACCUUGUAAACAUUUGAUCAAUAUCACACUGUUUACCAAAUGCUUUUGACACUGAUACAAGGUGGAAAACCUAUAAUGACUGGUCAUUAGCAGUUUUGCAAUUCUUUUGACACCUACAAUAUAACAGAAUGCUUAUGAAAUCAUGCCCCAAGACCUCCCCCUAGUGGCUAUAUGAAGCAAAACAUCAAUAAAUAAAUAUAAAUUAUACCUAUGUCCCCUGCAUUUAAUGUAAAAUUGGGUUUUAUAAACUAAGAAACUAAGAAAAUUAGCAAUCUUGUUUUCCCAGCCAAGUCAAACAAUGUACAAAAAUAAGCUCUGUGCUCAAACUCCCACUACUCCUGAGCAGCAGCAAUGACCCUAGUACACAUCAGCCUCAAUAAAUACAAUAAAAACCAAAGAAAAAGUUACUCGCACACUAUCCAAAUCUCUACGCACAUUUAAAUAACUGGAGGUUUUUAAUGUCACUCCACCUGCCAGCAAUGUCAAUGCAGCAUGUAAUAUAUAGCAAUCAUGUAAUAUAACCAUCAUUUAAUAUAGCAAUCAUGUAAUAUAACUAUCAUGUAAUAUAACCAUCAUGUAAUAUAGCAAUCAUGUAAUAUAUAGCAAUCAUGUAAUAUAACUAUCAUGUAAUAUAGCAAUCAUGCCGCAAGAUAGAGAACUGUCUACAGAUUAGACAACAACCAAACCCCCAAAAAGUGGAACGUGAAACAAAUGCAUAGCAACUAUUACACUGAAUUAAGUCUGCCAUUCCAAUGAGGAGAAUAAUUUAAAUCAAACACAACUUAACUUUUUAUUUAUCCUCCUGAAUACCUCAGAUUACCUCCAGUUUAUCUCCAGAAUAUCUCCAACUACUCACUUAGAAACAGCACUCUCCAGAAUAUCUCCAACUACUCACUUAGAAACAGCACUCUCCAGAAUAUCUCCAACUACUCACUUAGAAACAGCACUCUCCAGAAUAUCUCCAACUACUCACUUAGAAACAGCACUCUCCAGAAUAUCUCCAACUACACACUUAGAAACAGCACUUAGAAGUAGCAACCAAGCUAUAUUAGCCAAGCUAAUGUCAACAGCCCUUAUAUAACUCCUAAAAUCACCACCCACUAGGAAUGUUUAACACCUGGGUAGGCCUCUGCUUAUUUGCAAACAAUAGCUAAUUUAAACAGCAAUGAAUAGCAAGUAAUCUAAUCAAAUGUCUUAUAAUUACCAACAUGAAUUCAAACCUUGUGCAAUCAGUAACCUUUUCCUACAGAUGAAUCUUACCUGUAACAGUAGAAAAAAAAGCUCUUAGCACAACUCUUAGACAGUUGAAGCUUCUGUAAAACUCCCCAGAAUAUCUCCAACUACACACUUAGAAACAGCACUUAGAAGUAGCAACCAAGCUAUAUAGCCAGCAUGGGAUAUAGCCAGCAUGGGACAUAGCCAGCUUGUAAUAUAGCAAGCAUGUGAUAUAGCCAGCAUGGAACAUAGGCAGCUUGUUAUAUAUCAAAUAUGUAAUAUAGCAGCAUAUAAUAUACAUUCACCAAUAAUAGCCUUGGUGCAGUACUGACUCUGAAUAUUCCUUCUUUCUGUUGUUGCAUGUCUCACUAUCUCAGAGUUCAAAUGAAGAAUGCAGCUUCCAUACAUCCCAAAUAUAGUCCUGCUAGCAUCCCCUGUACAGCUCCCCAGUACAUACAGCAUUACCAGUGCAUUCCUUAUAUAGAAAUGAAUUUCCUCAACUAUUAUCCAAAAUAAUUUCUUCAAUUUAUUUUCACCAGUUUAUCUCUGAACUUUCCCUUCCUAACUUCUAUGCCAGCCUCAGUUGUCUCCUAAUUCAAUUCACUAUCAUUAACCCCCUAAAUAAGAACAGUGCACCAGUGUUAUGCAAUUUGAUUAGUGCAUUGUCCACAAAUCUGUGUGUCUGCCAUUUGUGGAUCCCUCUUAGGGCAAUAGUGACAAUGACAGUUAAUAUGUUCCAAUUAUAUGUAAUUUUGAGCGGCAGUAUAUUGAUGUAUUUUGUUUUUAUUUUUAGAGUAUAGAAACAGCCCAUAAAACACAUUUAUGGGAGUAAUAUUGUGCCUAUUUUAUUAUUACCUACCUAUGCCACAUUAUCUUUACCACUCACCCAAUACACCUUCCCCUCCAUAUCUCUCCCCAUUCCCUCACCCUUUUGUUUCUCCCAUGCCAUCUAUUAUUUGUGUUUCCUUCUAUGUCCCAGUACACAUGACAUAUGGUAUAAAAUGACUUCCUCCUUAUUCUUUUACCUCAUCUCAUGGCCAUCUCUAUUGUGUUUUAUACCAAGCCCAUUGUCUCUCCAUUAACUGUCGUAAUACAAUAUUUGGCUCUGAAAAUGAUUUAUGCACUCAGAAAUAGUCAUUCCAAUACGUUACUGUUUUACAUUAAGAGCAGUAGAGAUGUGAUGCUUCUUUAUAUUGAGCAAAAGAGAUUCAAAUUGUUGUUAAAUCUAAUCUCUCUAUUAUUUUCUAGUUUGCAACCAUUUUGUUAACAGUUUUUAAAAUGUCUAUACUAUCCUUUUCAGAUACACCUUUGGGAAGCCAGUUAAGGGCUCUGUAGAAAUCUAUGUCUGUAAGAACAAUGUCAGCCCAUUCGAUUAUACUGAAAUUGAUUAUGAAGAACUUCAGAAUUGCCAUAAUAUAAGUGAUGCAAAG